GAACGAUAUUUCCACUAACCGAUGACUGAGUAACCUUCUACAUAUAAAAUACAUAUGUGACUCAAUUGUGUGGUUAAGUAAUUAUUGGAACGACUGUUGGUGUAUAUAUAUUCAUUUCCUAUAUUACUGCCUUCAGGCACAUAACAAAGAAAGGUUUGACAAGAAUUUUAGAAGUGAAAAUGAAGUUCGGAAAAGAACUGUCGUCACAAAUGGUACCGGAGUGGCAACAAGCUUACAUGAGCUACGACUAUCUCAAAAACCUUCUCAAGGAAAUCAUCAAACUCAAACACAAAACCAACCCUCCUCCACCACCACAUCAAGCCGUCUCCAGUGAAGGACUUAGCCGCAAAAUGACUCUAUACCGAGCUUUUAGCGGUCUUGUCCAAACGCCAGGAAAGAAAAGACAAAGCUCGGGGCAAACCAACCCUUCUCUAAAAACUGACAUUGAAGAAGGUAAUGUUAUGUUUCACGUACUUCUAAUACAAAAACAACUUGACAAGAAUCUAUAUUGGUCUAUUUUUUACAUAUAUUAUUGUCCGGGUUUUCAUAGUUUCAAUGUGAGAUUUUUAACAGGUUAUGCUCCGAUACUCGUCAACAAAGGAGGUCACGGCUUAGAAACUACUUUCUUGAUGACGGCAGAGGAAGGAGGAGAAUAUGAAUUGGUGUUUUUCCGGCGACUCGACGAUGAGUUUAAUAGAGUUGAGAAAUUCUACAAAGAGAAAGUGGAAGAAGUAGUGAAUGAUGCGGUCAUGCUUAAUAAGCAAAUGGAUGCUCUAAUUGCAUUCCGAGUUAAGGUUGAGAAUCCUGUUGGGUGGGGAUGGGAGGAGCGGACGGUGGAAAUGACUCGCUUGGCCUCCGACGUUGCCACUUCCACCGCUGCCAUCGCUGCUUCUACACCUGCUAGAACUGGAAACAUGAAGCCUAGAGCUCAAUCUCGGUUGGAGGCUAUACAUGAAGGAGGCUCCAGCAGAGCUGAUCAAUCCCAGGAAGAUGAAAAUCACGGUGACUCGAGAAGGAGCAUCUUAAGCAAAAUGGCAGCUGGAAGGCCAGCCCCUAUCGAGGUUCUAGACCACAUAAAGAUCAACAACACUAAGGAAACGCCUAGGUCCACCAUUAAAGGCGUUCUCCAUUCCUCGAGCAAUGAAGAGAUCAUAUUCAAUAGGCAUAAUCUGAGGGAAGUCGAAGAGAAGCUCAAAGUAGCCUUCGUGGAGUUUUACCAGAAGCUUCGUCUCCUCAAGAGCUACAGCUUUCUGAAUGUGUUGGCGUUCUCCAAGAUUUUGAAGAAGUAUGAUAAGAUAACUUCAAGAAAAGCUUCCAAGCCUUACAUGAAAAUGGUUGAUAAUUCGUAUCUCGGAAGCUCAGAUGAGCUUAUGAAACUGAUACAGCGUGUUGAGGCUACAUUCAUAAAGCAUUUCGCAAAUGGUAACAGAAGAACAGGAAUGAAUAUUUUGAGACCUCAAAUGAAAAGAGAAAGACAUCGACUUACAUUCUCCACAGGUUUCUCUGCUGGAUGUGUGUUUUCUCUUAUAGUAGCUCUUGUCUCCAUCAUACGCGCCCGGAAUAUCUUUCAAAAGGAUGGCUACGAAGGUUACAUGAAAACUAUGUUCCCUCUUUAUAGCUUGUUUGGGUUCAUUGUGCUUCACAUGACUAUGUAUGCUAUUGAUAUAUACUAUUGGAAGCGUUAUCGAGUAAACUAUGCAUUCAUAUUUGGGUUCAAGCAAGGAACUGAACUUGGUUACAGACAAGUUCUGUUUGUGGGAUUUAGCAUUGGAGCUUUUGCGUUGCUUUGUGUACUUGGUAAUCUUGACAUGCAAGCAAACCCUAGAACCAAAAGUUUCCAAGCACUGACCGAACUUCUUCCUCUUUUCCUUCUUGGUGCUAUGUUUACAGUUUUAAUCUUGCCAUUAAACAUUCUCUACCGAUCGAGCCGCUUCUUCUUCCUUACGUGUCUGUUUCACUGCCUUGCUGCUCCUCUUUACAAGGUAACUUUACCCGAUUUCUUCUUAGGAGAUCAAUUAACUAGUCAAGUACAAGCUCUUCGAAGCAUCCAGUUUUAUAUAUGUUACUAUGGCUGGGGAGACUUCAAACAAAGGCAAGACACAUGCAAAGACUGGCAAGAAUACAAAAUUUUCUUAUACAUUGUUGCUGUAAUCCCAUAUCUAUCUCGCCUCCUUCAGUGCAUGCGACGAAUGUUUGAGGAAAGAAGCCUAGAGCAAGGAUACAACGGAGUCAAAUACUUGUUGACAAUAAUAGCGGUUUGUUUGAGAACAGCUUAUGUUUUUGAAACCAACAAGAAUCAUAAGUUUAUUCUCAAAGUAUUAGCUGGUUCUGCCUCAGUUCUUGCUGCUGUUUUCUGUACAUACUGGGACUUUGUCCAUGACUGGGGACUUCUGAAUAGAACCUCCAAAAACAGAUGGCUUCGAGAUAAACUUCUAGUCCCACACAAGAGAGUAUACUUCAUUGCAAUGAUCUUGAACGUUGUGUUGAGGUUCGCAUGGUUGCAAACAGUACUCGAUUUUGAGUUUAAAUUUCUCCAUAGUCAGACGGUGCUUGCGGUUGUGGCCUGUCUUGAGAUUAUUCGUCGUGGGAUAUGGAAUUUCUUCAGGCUAGAGAAUGAGCAUUUGAAUAAUGUGGGGAAGUACCGAGCUUUCAAGUCAGUUCCAUUACCGUUCAGUUACGACGAAGACGAUGAAAAAGAUGAUUAA